CACCGGCUGUUUACUGUGCAUCGCUAUAGCACUACACUCGGCCGUCGAAUUUAAGCUUACAGCUUGCGCACGUGAGCUAGCUACAAGUAUUGAACACCUGUGUUCUUAUUCGCAUUCGAGGACAACUUGUAUGAACUCAACCGAAGGAUUACUGACGUUGUUGAUUCAUUCUCUGGAACAUUAGCUACAGCCUCAGAUAUCUUAUCUGAUUAGCUAAGAGCUAGAAGGCUGCUUGUAUUUUACCAGUCAGUAUAGCUGGUGCGUGCAAGUGUGAGUGUGUGUGUGUGUGUGUGUCUAGGAUGCAGCAGUGGUAAGAGCUCUGUUUGCAGUAGUGGCAGCAGUCCUGCUAAGGAUGGGUGUGUUAUACAAGACUCGGGCCUGCGAAGGCAUCGAUAACUGCUCCGUCUCCAACAGCUCGGACAAAAAGGAGUGGUGCUAUGAGGCCCGCAUCCGCAGCACAGUGCUGCAGGGCCUGCCCUUCGGAGGUGUGCCCACAGUCCUCGCCCUUGACUUCAUGUGUUUCCUGGUGAGGUUAACUUGGGCUUGCUCGUUUGUAUUCUCUAUUCUGAGGAAAGUAGCGUGGGAUUAUGGACGUCUGGCACUGGUCUCAGAUGCAGACAGGCAGGAUCAACGAUACCGGCGUCUGGAUGAACGGGAAUAUGUGGCAUCUGCCAUGCAGACACCAGUUGACUCCCGCUAUGAGCGCCUAACCUCAGUCUCCAGCUCCGUCGACUUCGACCAAAGAGACAGUGGUUUGUGUUCCUGGCUGACAGCCAUCUUCAGGAUAAAAGAUGAUGAGAUCAGGGAAAAAUGUGGCGAGGAUGCAGUACACUACCUCUCUUUCCAGCGGCAUAUCAUUGGUUUGUUGGUGGUGGUGGGCGUGCUCUCAGUGGGAAUCAUCCUGCCUGUCAACUUCUCGGGAGACUUGUUGGACAAUAAUGCCUACAGUUUUGGGCGAACAACAAUAGCCAACCUGAAGUCUGGGGAUAACCUGCUGUGGCUGCACACCUUCUUCGCUUUCUUCUACCUGUUACUGACUGUGUACAGCAUGAGGCGCCACACGUCCAAGAUGCACUACAAGGAGGACGACUUGGUGAAACGCACUUUAUUCAUAAAUGGCAUCAACAAAUAUUCAGAAGAGGGUCAGAUAAAGGAGCACUUUCAGCAAGCCUAUGAAAACUGUGUUGUGUUGGAGGCUCGCAUUUGUUACGACGUGGCCAGACUGAUGUAUUUGGAUUCUGAAAGGAAAAAGGCAGAGCGCAGCAGGAAGUUCUACACGGACUUGAUGACCAGGGAGCAUAUACCAACCAUGAUCAAUCCCAAACCCUUUGGCCACCUGUGCUGCUGCAUCAUUAAAGGCUGUGAGCAGGAGGAAGCCGUGGGCUACUACACUAAACUAGAGUGCAAGCUGCGGGAAGAAUACAAGAGCGAGCGAGAGAAGGUCAACACCAAACCCUUGGACAUGGCCUUUGUCACAUUCCAGAACGAGACCAUGACUUCAGUGAUUCUAAAGGAUUUCAAUGCAUGCCAGUGUCAUGGCUGUCACUGCCGGAGAGAGCCCAAAUCUUCACCUUUCAGUAGCAACUUGCAGACGUCCAAAUGGACGGUCACCUAUGCCCCUGACCCGCAGAACGUAUAUUGGGAGCACUUGUCUAUCGGCGGUGCAAAGUGGUGGAUCCGCUGCCUUGUUAUAAACUGUAUGCUCUUCAUCCUGCUUUUCUUCCUCACUACACCUGCCAUUAUCAUCUCCACCAUGGACAAGUUCAACGUAACCAAGCCCGUGGAGUACCUGAAUAAUCCCAUAAUUACCCAGUUCUUCCCUACACUGUUGCUAUGGAGCUUCUCUGCCCUUCUUCCUACCAUCGUGUACUACUCUGCCUUCUUUGAGGCUCACUGGACACGCUCUGGAGAGAACAGGACCACCAUGCAUAAGUGCUACACCUUCCUCAUCUUCAUGGUGCUGCUGCUGCCCUCUCUGGGACUCAGCAGUCUGGAUGUGUUCUUUCGCUGGUUUUUUGACAAGACCUUUCUGGAUAAUGCUACAGUGAGAUUUGAAUGUGUAUUCCUUCCAGACAAUGGAGCUUUCUUUGUUAACUAUGUCAUUGCCUCAGCCUUCAUUGGUAACGCCAUGGACCUGUUGCGCAUCCCGGGCCUGCUCAUGUACAUGAUCCGUCUGUGUCUGGCGCGCUCGGCCGCUGAGAGACGCAAUGUGAAGAAGCACCAAGCGUACGAGUUCCAGUUCGGGGCAGCAUAUGCCUGGUUGAUGAACGUCUUCACUGUGGUCAUGACCUACAGCAUCACCUGUCCCAUCAUUGUUCCUUUCGGUCUGAUGUACAUGUUGCUAAAGCACUUGGUGGACAGGUACAAUAUGUACUAUGCCUACCUGCCCUCCAAGCUGGAUAAGAAGAUCCACUCUGGUGCAGUCAACCAGGUGGUGGCCGCACCCAUCCUCUGCCUGUUCUGGCUACUCUUCUUCUCCACUGUCCGCACAGGAUUCCUUGCCCCCACCUCAAUGUUCACAUUUGUGGUACUGAUCAUUACCAUUAUAAUCUGCCUCUCGCACAUCGUAUUUGGGCAUUUUAAGUAUCUAAGCGCACACAAUUAUAAGGUCGACACCCAAGAGGUGGACACGGCUGUGAACGGACAGCCACCAGGCUCCUCUCCUCCCGCCAUAUCUGCGCAGAAGUACAUCGCUCAGGUCCUCCAGGAGCAGAAUGCAGAGGACGACGGCCAGGGGUCCUUACAGGAUGAGGAGAUGAUCGGCCAUGGCUCAGUGGUCAACGAGGAGGACUUCCAAUCAGGAGAGGACAGCCUGAUUGACAACGAGGUCCACCAGUGACAGCCCCACCUGCCACCCCUAAGCGUGCCAUGUGCUGUCCUCAGUGGAUGAAGCUAGCCAGACUAUAUAGUAAACCAGACAGACUGUACCAUGAUCGGUCAGAGCUGCGCACCAGGACGAUUCUGCUGUCCCAGUGCCCUACUGCUGUAUCGACCAGGGGGUCUUGCACACCUGGAUGCGUUCCCACUACUGGGCCGGGAGGACAGCUAGAGAAACACUAACAGACAUGACCGCUUUAUCCCAUAUUUGACUUUGAAAAGACCACGCAUGCUGUUGCACACUAACUGGAAAAGACAAAGGGCACGGGUCUAACUAAGUUUGACAGCCACUGACAUCACCUAUGGCUAGGUCAUGAUUGCCUACACUAAUUAUCCCAUGAUAAAAACUGUCUGAAACAAUGUUCUGCUCUCAAAAGGUUUUUAAUCAAGUAACUGUAGACUGUCUCAAACACACGUAGGACCUUAAAGUUCUCUUAUAAAGGCUAAACACUCCAAAAAGUUCUCUGGAAACACUUGAGAAUCAACACUCACCAUCCCCUCAAGGCAUACUUGUCGGCUGCAGGGUGAAGUGAUAAGGCUAACUGAUAUGUUACCAAACUUCGCUGUGAUUACAUCAGUAACUGAAAACAGAUUAAACAUGCAAGCAACAUGUUCUUUACUUACAUAAAGUACAUUAAACUAGUCUAAACACCACCACCUUAACUAAAUAACUCCCAACUGUCCCACACUUAACCAUCAUGGAACUGCCUAGGGACCCUUGCACUAGUAAACCCCUGCUGAAGCAUAUUCAGAUAUAUUACAAAUCAUCUUGGCUAUGUUAGUUAUAAUGGGGACUGGACUCCAGAGACAUUCUCGUCCUUAAUGAGAAUUAUACAAUGGAUCACAUAUGGAAUAUUUCAUCUCAUGGGUGUGUUCUCAUUUUAGAUACACUUUACCUUGUAAAGGUUUUCUUGGAUGUUCUCAUAGACUGAUUGUGUGUAUCCCUUGCACGUUCUAGCAUGCGAGUUGUGCAUUUGACUUUUUUUUUUUAAUAAGCAUAGGCUAUUUGUUAUUGCAAAAAAGAGUGAGUUCCGUUUUGAAUUAAUAUUAUUGUCCUAUUGCUUAAGAGUGACCUUUUUAAAUGAAGUCAAAUAGUAUAUCUCCAUUAACUUGCUAGGUUUUUCUUUUGUCCUUAAAACAGACCUCAGUUAAAACCUGUUCUACCUUCAGUUUAAACAAUGUUUUAUCAAUGUAGUUGAUCACUGAAUGUCAUUUUUAUCCACAUUAUGUGCAAUAAUUUGCGAAACUAAAUUAAGUAUAGAAACGGAAUCAACUCUGCGUAAACUAAAUUAACUAGAUUCAUAGAGCUAAAGACAGUUGGUUACCCUAAAUGAGUAAAUUUAGAGCAAAGAUAUGACUAUUGCAUCUAGUGCCAAUAAAGAUGUUUUCUGUAUCAGUAAAGGCAAUAAUCAGGAAUAGAAAGUGGCUGCGUCUGGCCAUUCUUAAGUACAUAAUAAUAAAAAUUUUUAAAAAAAACACAAGCUUCUGAUAACAGUGGGACUAUGCUCCCUUUCCAUUUAAUUAGGGAUGAACUAGUGAUCCCUGUUGAAAAAUCUUUCUUUAGUCAUUCAAUUGUUUACAAUGCAAUGGUUGGAUUGCCAUUUUCUGUCACUACUCAUGUCUUAAGGCUGUGGUUAGUCUGCAAGCCUAUGACGAGAUGUUGGUGGGACAGAGGCUGGGCAAAGCCUUCUGUAAUGAUACUUUUCUAAAAUCUUUCAAAAACAAUUAAUUUUGCUGAUUGAUAAUUUAAGAAUGGUAGUACUACUUCCCUCUCGUGUUCCUUUGGAAAGUAUGAAACAUGGUGGUGUCCCAGCAAUCAUGAUCAUAUGUGUCAUCUCCCUGACUAGGAUUAAUGGGUCCUGUCCUUCAGACAGAGAACAAUAUUGUUCCACAUUUACCUUAAGACUAAAACCACAAUAGCUCGUAGGUGAGUUAGACACUGCAGGUGCUGAGAAGCAAAGGAAUGGUUUGUGAAGUAAUGAGAGUGCAGCCAUCCCUGUGGUUCCAAGAGGUGAUGGGGCAGUACUUCUUAAACACCUAUCCAUAGUUUGUUUCUGUCUUUUCAAUUUUAUAUUUUAUAUUUUGAAGUCUUUAUUUCAUUUGUCUACAAUUUAUCAUUGGGUCAGGUAAAUGCUGCUUACACUUUGCUGAAAAUGUUUAAACUGUUUUUGACUGUCAUUGCACUGCUCUCAUGAACACUAGACUGUGGUAUUUAAUGUGUACAGCCUAAAACAAAAUAUGUACAGUCAGCUAAGAUCCCCUUCAUUGCUGAUUGCUUUGGAAUGAUAACAAUGCUAUGCUUUAUAUAUCAGAAUCUUCCAUGACUUUGAACAAUAAAAUUGACAUUUCCUGCUUUAA